AUGUACGCUCCUUGCUUGUUAUCUCCUUCUUUCAAGAUUCCUAUUGUCACCCGCACUGAUAAAGCAAUUGGCGGAAUAUACGGUCGGUCGUUUGAUAUUUCCUGUCACCACCUAUUAGAAAUCACUGUACCCCAAAACACGGUUUCGAUCGCUUAUGAAAGAUCUAGCCACAAAUCUAAGGCUCUAAUACCAUUCCCGUCCAUCGCUUUUUGCGUGUUCUUAACGCCCAAAUCUGCAAAAGACAUGUGCACUGACAAACUAAUCCGGUAUUCUGCCUCGGAAAACAUAAUAGAUUUGGCACAUAACGCACCCUCCCCUUCCCUUUUCUAUUCCACAGGUCUCGCAAAAGAGGGCUGGCCGAUAACGAGGCGGCUACUCACACAGCUUGGUUGUAUAGCCCUCGGAUUCCUUACAUUCAAUCCAGACAUUCAAGAGUUUUGCCUUAUUGCUGUCGUGGGCUUGACAACCCAAUUUUUCCUGCACCUCUUCUUCUUUGUCCCCGUGCUCGCCGUGGACAUCCGCCGGAUCGAGGUUUGUUAUCUUUCUGUCUCUCAGCCAAUAACUUAUUUUCCAACUGUCUUUUUUCUAGAACUGCCAAGCUUAUUUAUCCCAUCUCAAAGGGUCACAGUUAUAAUUACCCUCAGUAUUACAGAUGGAUUUGUGCUAAAUUCCAGGGGGCGGUUGUCGCUAGGCUUACUAGCUUCAUUUUUAAGUGAAUCAAUGUUGGGGUUAGAAGGAUUAUAUUGA